GCCAAACACAACUACAACACCAAACCAAAGGCCAAACGCUGCCCACAUGGCGACACUUGCAAUUACAGAAAUAGCCCUGGUUCAACCUUCUCACCAACCUUCCUUCAACGACCAAACACUACCCCUCUCUCAUCUUGACAACGAUAACAACCUCAACGUUAGCUUCCGUUACCUCCGUGUCUACUCCUCCUCUUCCUCCGUCACCGGGAAAUCCCCCUCCUCCGUCGUCUCUGCCUCACUUGCUGCCACUUUAGUUCACUACUACCCACUAGCCGGUUUUCUCCACCGCUCCGAGUCAGAUAACCGUUUCGAACUAUACUGCACCUCCGGUCAAAGCGUCCCUCUAGUCAACGCUUCCGUAAACUGCACGCUCGAGUCCGUUGGGUAUUUAAAUGGACCCGAUCCAGGCUUCGUGGAGAGUUUGGUACCGGAUCCGACCCGGGAGGAAGGAAUGCUCAACCCAUGUAUCCUCCAAGUCACGACGUUUCAGUGCGGUGGUUGGGUCCUAGGAGCGUCGCUUCACCACGCGAUCUGCGAUGGUUUAGGUUCGAGUCUGUUCUUCAACGCCAUGGCGGAGUUAGCUCGUGGGGCUACUCAGAUUUCUAUCCAACCGGUUUGGGACAGAGCACGUCUUCUUGGUCCGAGAGACAAGCCUUGGGUUGGAGCUCCGGUUCGUGACUUUUUGUCUUUGAACAAGGACUUUGAUCCUUAUGGACAAGACAUUAGAACCGUCAAAAGAGAGUGUUUCCUCGUCACCGACGAGUCUUUGGAUCGUUUCAAGGCUUUGUUAGUCGAGAAAUCUGGUUUGAAUUUCACCACGUUCGAAGCCCUAGGUGCUUACAUUUGGCGUGCGAAAGUAAGAGCUGCGAAGAUUGGUGAAGAGGAGAAUGUGAAGUAUGUGUAUUCGAUAAAUAUAAGGAGACUGAUGAAUCCACCAUUGCCUAAAGGCUACUGGGGAAACGGAUGUGUGCCAAUGUAUGCUCAGAUGAAAGCUGGAGAGCUCAUGGAGCAACCCAUUUGGAAAACCGCUGAGCUUAUUAAACAGAGCAAGUCCAAUGCUAGUGAUGAAUACGUUCGCUCCUUUAUUGACUUUCAAGAAUUGCACUACAAAGAUGGAAUCAAUGCCGGUUCAGGAGUGACUGGAUUCACGGACUGGAGAUACUUGGGACAUUCAACGGUUGAUUUUGGAUGGGGAGGACCUGUGACGGUUUUGCCUUUAUCGUACAAGUUGCUUGGAAGCAUGGAACCAUGUUUUUUCUUGCCAUAUUCUGGUGAUGCUGCAGCUGGAAGUAAGGAUAGUGGGUUUAAGGUUCUGGUGAACCUGCGUGAGUCUGCAAUGCCUGAGUUCAAAGAGGCCAUGGAUAAGUUCCACAAGGGUGAUCAAUCUGUGCUGUCUUGAUCACCGACAAAGCAACCUCUAUAAACGCACAAUACAAACAUGAAAAUAAUGAGCCCAUUUGUAUACUUUUGUUGGUUUCAUCACAGAGUAUAUGUUUUCAAGCUUGCUGUGAUUCAAGUUCUCGAGUUGUGAUUUGUCAAUGCCAACAACUUCUUAUAUAGAAUAUGAAAGGUUGCAAUGGCUAACACAAUAUUUACAACUAUUAGCACCAACAAUUGCAAUGGUUGGCCAAAAGUCACAAUUAUUCU